GUUUGACUGAGCCACUCAGUCCUCGCAGGGAUGGGGAUGUCAUGUCGUCUGCUGCCUGCUCUCAUUCACUGACCGCGAAGACAAGUCCACCAUGAACUCAGUAGGAGCGGAGAGGAGCUGCACGGUGCGGGCAGCGGUGUGCUGACUGGUGAUCCCGCGAUGAGCCCCGGAGCUGCGGGCCGGUGCGGAGCAGGACCGGCCGUGAGGAGGGUCUGGAUCCUGGCCGUGACAGCGCUCAUCACCGCGCACACAGCCGCCGGGUCCCCGCUGCUCCUGGAGCCCGAGGUUUUUCUGGAAAAGUACGGCUACCUCCAUCAGGAUCAUCACAUCCACAAUGCUGUUGAGCUGCAGUCAGCUGUCCGUGAGUUCCAGUGGCUGUCCCGUCUGCCUGUCACGGGUGAACUUGACGGCGCCACCCUGCGGCAGAUGGCGGAGCCUCGCUGUGGGGUGUCAGAUGAGGGCAGUCAGCAGAUCUGGUCCCAGAGAGUGAAUUUCAUCUUCACCGGAAAACGGCUAGCGCAGCGCCGUAGGAGCCGCUCUGCUGGACAAGCUGAGAAGUGGUACAAGCGUCACUUGACCUAUCAGAUAGUGAACUGGCCUCAUCACCUGUCUCUGGGCUCUGUAAGGCUGGUAGUGCGCGCUGCCUUCCAGCUGUGGAGCAACGUGUCGGGCCUUUUCUUCCAGGAGGCCCCUGAAGGGCCCGCAGACAUCCGGCUGGCCUUUUACGAGGGAGACCACAACGAUGGGGCCAGCAAUGCCUUUGACGGACCAGGGGGAACCCUGGCUCACGCCUUCCUGCCUCGCAGAGGCGAAGCCCACUUUGACAUGGCAGAGAGGUGGACACUAAAUGGACACAAGGGACACAACCUGUUCAUGGUGACUGCCCAUGAGAUCGGACACACUCUAGGGCUGGAGCAUUCCCCCGUUCGUCACGCUCUGAUGUCCCCGUACUACAGGAAGCUGGGCCGCAGCCUGGUCCUGAGCUGGGACGACAUCCUCGCAGUGCAGCAGCUGUACGGUAAACCUUUAGGUGAUAGCCCUGUGAGACUGCCAGGUCAGGUUUUGAACGCUGCACUGCAGGAGUGGGAGUUCACAGAGCUUCAGAGCAGGCAUGAAACCAACGCACAGCCUCUCUACUGCCACAGCGUCUUUGAUGCCAUCACUAUGGACCACAACCAGACCGUGCUGGUGUUUCGUGGCAGUGUGUACUGGACGGUGUCGGCUGAAGGCAAUGUGAGUGGGCCGCUGGCUCUCCGUCAGCGCUGGCCUGAGCUCCCCCCAGCCAUCGAGGCCGCUGCCUUCUCCCCACCGGACUCCAAGUGGUAUUUUUUCAAAGGGAAGAGGAUAUGGCGCUACACAGGCAGUGUGUUGGACCCGAGCUUCCCCAGGAAGACCAACGAGCUGGGGCUGCCUCGUCACCCUGACUGUGCCUUCUAUUACGCUCCUCUGGGUCACAUGGUGCUCUUUAAAGGCUCCCGCUACUCGGUACUUGACCUCAAAACUUUGCACCAAGAGCCAUACUACCCCCGCAGGCUGACGGACUGGACUGGCGUGCCGCAGGGGACCAAUGGUGCGCUGACCCGCCCAGACGGACGCCUCUACCUCUUCAGACAACAGAAGUUCUGGAGGUUUGACCUGGUGAAGGUGCGAGUCACCAGAGAGGGCCAGUGGGCCAAAGAUCUGAGCUGGACUGGUUGCAGCAAUACUCCUCAGAGCAACAACAUACUUUGACCAGCAGAGGGAGCUGUAAGAUUUAAAGUGCAAUUUGUUGAUGUAUAUUGUAAAAAGACAGGUGCUUCAACCCACACUGAGAUUAUCUGCUGCGAAAGGAUGAAGCACAUACAGUAUUUACACUGCAGAGGGAUUGGAUGGAUGUGUAAUGUGUACAGCCUUAUUCAUACAAUUUGGAAAGCAAUGAUCAGAAACUUUUUAUCAUCUCUUCUGCAACAAUAUUAUUUACUUUGACUGCUGACUGUAUGUUCCUUCCUGAUUUCUAGUCGCAGUAGAGGCUUGAAUUUUUGCUUCUGACCUCCAAUUCACAUCUUUAAACUUGGCAGAUAAUAGAUACAGUUCAGUAGAUAACGUGUGGUUUACAGGAAUAGGAAGAACUGGCUGAAUGGUGGAUAUGAUCCUAAAAACUGACAGUUCAGUCAAACUGUUUCAAAGAGCAAAUACUCAGAUGUAACCAUGACUCUUUCUUAAUUGAAGUGGUGAUAAUCAGCUGAUAAUCAGCAUUCAUGUCAUGUGGAAACACAACACGCAGAGAAGUCUUAAUGAUCCGUUUAUUUGUUGUUUUAUUCUUUAUUCUUUUUUAUCUUUUAAUACUAAUCCAGCAUCAGUGGA